AUGGGUGCUUUCAAAGCACCGAGAAAAGACGGUUUCCAGUCAUUGUUCUACCAGAAGUGUUGGGAGACGGUCGGGAAUUCUUUAGUGGAGUUCGUCAUAGCUUGCUUCUCGCAACCCGAGAUCAUUCGGGCAGUUAACGAGACCCUCCUGGUGCUCAUUCCGAAGAAGGAGAGUCUGGAUUCUCUGAAUAUGUUUCGGCUGAUCAGUCUCUGUAAUGCCGCCUACAAGACAGUGGCUAAGUGUGUGGUUCAGCGGAUACAACCCCUUAUGCGACACCUAGUCCAUCCCACUCAGACCAGCUUUGUUCCUGGUUGCCACAUUUCGAGUAACAUCAUCAUUGUUCAGGAGGUUGUCCAUUCGAUGGGCCUUAAGAAGGGUCAGAAAGGUCAGAUGAUAUUGAAUGUGGACCUAGCAAAAGCGUAUGACAGGCCGAGUUGGGAGUUCAUAAGAGAUACCUAG